AUGUACAGACUAGGUGCUCAAGGAAGAGCUGUUCAACAAAGACUGCAACAACAACCAUACGCUUCAAAACAUGAAUUUCAAACUCCAAUUUCUUCAGCUCAAAAUGAUGUUAAUUUAUUACUUUCCAUAUUGAAAACACCUGGGAAUCUCAAUUCAACUAAUUUAUUAUCAUAUAUGGUACAUUAUAUCCCCAAGGUUAAGAAUGAACAAAAUCUUCGGUUGAUUGUUGAUGCUUUUUUAACAAAUAAAGUUAUAUUCCCAGAGAAUAUUAUUAAAAUUGAUGAAACUUAUAUGAUUAUUGAAGCUAUCAAGGCAACACUUGAUUCAAAAUUAAUAAUCAGUGAACCUUCAUUACCCAUUACCAAGUUUUAUCAUGUAUUUGUGGAUUCCAUAUUCCAAUCUUUAGCACCAAAUUGGACCAAAAUAUUAGUUAUAACUGGUAUAUUAUUAACAAAACCAUUAUAUGAAUCACAUUCAAUCCCAGAGACAAAAUCAUAUUUCAAUUCUAUUUAUCAAUCAUUAACAAAUUUAAAUCAUGAAUUAAUUAUCAAACAUUUGGGAAACCCAGCUAUAAGCUCAUUUGAAAUUAAUACAUUAAUUGUUAUUUCACUUGCUUGUUCAUUACCUUUUUUCAAUCAACAUCAAAAACAUCAUUUACCUCAUGAAACAAUCACUCAUAUUGUUAUUCCAUUAUUAUUUCAAUCACCUUUGGGUCUUUCUGGUGUACCGGUUCAUGAAUUGAUAAAUUCUAAAUCACCAGUUAUUAGACAUUUAAAUCGUUUAUCAUUUCUUUUAGAAAAUUGUAUGAUUAAUGGAUUAUCUUUUGGGAAUAUAGAUUCUUCAUUGAAAAUUAUACUUGAGUUUAGUAAGGAUUUACAUAAAAGAAGCAUUGAUUCAGUACAAUCAUGGGAUGGUUUGAAAAAUAUUCUUUUUGGUCUAGUUAUCAUUUUCCAAGGUUAUGUAUCAUAUUCAUUAAAUUUAAAUAAUAAAUUAACACCAAAUGAAUACUCCCAAUUCAGUGGAUUGAUCUUGAAAACUUUAUUUCAUUUGAAUUAUAUCGUGGAAAAAAUAGGUACUGGCGGGUUCCAGGCUUAUAAUUUUGUUUACAUAACUUCAUUAGAUGCAAUGAUUCAAUAUUCAUUACCAAAAGCAAAUGAAUUAGGUAUUCAAUUCACAAAAGAAUUAAACCUGGGUUCAGUUAAUCAUUAUGAAAUUUCUAAAACAUUAUUUACAUUAACAUUUUUCGAAACAUUAAGUCAACAUACUUCAAUAGAUUAUUAUGAUUCCAUAAUAACACCAAUUGUGGAUUAUGUGAUUCACACAACAACUCAUUCCAAAUCAUUAAUUGAAGCUGCACAUUCGGUUAUAAUAUCAACUUAUAUACCUAAAAAUUCACAUAUUAUAGCAUCAAGUUCAAUCAAUUAUUUACAUACAGUUUUAUCACAAUUCCCAAUCUUAUUAUCAUCUACACAAUUGAAGAUUGCCAUUGAAACAAUAGCAAGAGCUGUUUCUCCACCAUCAGAAGCUUAUCAUUUAAAUAAGGAUAAUUUAAGAGAAUUAUUACAUACUUUAUAUUUAACAAUUUUAAAUACAAAACCUGGAUUACCAUUACAAAUAUCAACAAUUCUUAAUGAGAAUGGUCAACAAGAAGAACAAACCCAACCUGGAUCAAUUCGUUCAGCUUUAAUUACAGCUUUAAUAUCAACAUUACCUUAUUUACCACCACAAAUUUUAUCCAAUUGGUUAUCAAAUAUUUGGGAAUUAAUUGAAAUGAACGAUCCUAUAGAAUUUAAAUUUUGUGAAGAAAAAUUAUGGGAAAUGAUUAGUGAAGGAUUUGAUAUGCAAAGAGGUAAUGUUGGUAUUGAAUGGUGGUAUAAUAGAGGUUCAAUAAAUCUUGAAAAUAAGUUAUGA